ACAAACAGACCACGACCUCCAACCACUACUCAACCACAGCCACAAACAACAGCUAGACCACAACCUCCAACCACUACUCAACCACAGCCACAAACAACAGCUAGACCACAACCUCCAACCACUACUCAACCACAGCCACAAACAACAGCUAGACCACAACCUCCAACCACAAUGCAGCCACAACCACCAACCACAGUGCAACCUGACUCACAAACAACAAAUAGACCACAACCUCCAACCACUGCUCGACCUCUGACCACAAUGCAGCCACAACCUCCAACCACAACUACAACACAGCCACAAACAACAGCUAGACCACAACCUCCAACCACAACUACACCACAGCCACAAACAACAGCUAGACCACAACCUCCAACCACAACUACACCAAAGCCACAAACAACAACUACACCCCAACCUCCAACAACAGCUAGACCACAACCUCCAACUACUACUCAACCACAGCCACAAACAACAGCUAGACCACAACCUCCAACAACAGCUAGACCACAACCUCCAACCACUACUCAACCACAGCCACAAACAACAAACAGACCACAACCUCCAACCACUGCUCGACCUCUGACCACAAUGCAGCCACAACCACCAACCACAGUGCAACCUGACUCACAAACAACAAAUAGACCACAACCUCCAACCAAAACUACAUUACAACCACAAACAACUAGACCACAACCUCCAACUGAAACUCAGCCAAAGCCACAAACCACAGCCAGACCACAACCUCCAACUGAAACUCAGCCACAGCAACAAACAACAGCUAGACCACAACCUCCAACCACAGCUAGACCACAACCUCCAACCACAGCCAGACCACAACUUCCAACCACAACCACACCACAACUUCCAACCACAACCACACCACAACCACAAACAACAGCUAGACCUCAACUUCCAACAGUUACACCACAGUCCACAACAACAUUGGGACCAGAACUCCCAACAACAACUGGACCACAGCCCACAACAACAUCUAGACCAAAACUUACAACAACCAUUACACCACAUCAACCAACAGACGGACCUCAGUCUACAACUACAUCUACACCACAAUCUACAACAACAGCUAGACCACAACCAGCAACUACACCUGUACCAACACCCUCUUGCCCAGAGAAUAGCCAUUACACCACUUGUGUCCCUGCCUGCAGUCCAACCUGUACACUCCUGAAUGGCCCACUACACUGCAGUGACACUGAGAGUUGUGUGCCAGGAUGUGUAUGUGAUGAUGGCUUUUUGCAGAAAGAGCAUCGUUGUGUGCCUAUCCAAGAGUGUGGAUGUGUGGACAGAAACGGCAUCAAACAUCAGUUCAAUGAAGUGUGGUACACCAAUCACUGCAGUCAGAAAUGUCAAUGUGAGAAAGACAAUGGCAUGGGGAAGAUUGACUGUUACGACAAAGAUGAAUGCGACGGAAAUGCCGUCUGCCUCCAAAACGACAAGGGCAACUUUUACUGCAAGUCUACAGGCUUCAGUGAAUGCACUAUAAAGGGAGACCCUGAGUACAAAACCUUUGAUAAAAUGAAGCAUUACUUUGAGGGUGAGCACUCAUAUGUGCUGGUUCGUACCAACAACUUACCAAAUAACCAUCCAGAUGUCUACAUCGAGGGCAUCAAUACACACAGGGGACAUGAUGACAAUGAUAGUCAGCAUCAUGGUGACAGUAGCAGUGAAGAACACCACAGUCGCAGAGUCAAGGAUGAAGAUGAAGAUGACGAUGACGAUGACGAUGACGAUGAUCAUGAUCAUGAUCACAGCCAUGAUGCUGAUAGUGAAGAGCAUUACCAAAACCACAGAUUACGAGAGCUUAAGAUCAUAGUGUACAAUCACACUGUGGAGUUCAAGAAGAAUCGGAGGCUGGUUGUGGAUGGCAGGAGAACUAAUACUCCUGUCUCACCAACUGCUGGUCUACACAUCCGGAAGCAUUCUUCUCGCAUCUACCUGAAGACCGACUUUGGCCUCUCAGUGGAGUUUGAUAGACACAACAAAGCAGAGAUCAUUCUGCCAUACAUAUAUAAAAGCAAAGUGGGGGGUCUGUGUGGGAACUUUGACAGUCAAGGGUGGAAUGACUGGAUGAAGCCAGAUGGUACCAGAGCCAGGAGCGUUCAAGAGUUUGGAGAGAGCUGGAGAGUGUAAAUAUCAGAUGGAUGUAAGGAUGAGACCCAGUGGAAGUUUUGACCAAAUAGAAACAUUACUGCCAGUUUACAAGAAAAAUCUACAUUGAUAAUAUCUAUCCCCCUAGAGAAUAAGAACAGACAGAUUUAAUACUGAUUUCAGUUUUUCCUUAGACAACAAACCUAAGCUUCCAAACAUGACUUGCAUUAAACAUGACUAGUGGCACUGUUUUCCAGUUUUCUUUACCUCCAGCUUUUAGGGACAAUAACUUCUUCCUUUUUAUAAACAAAGUGUAUAAUAGUAAAAGGACUUCCCUACUGCACCUGUUUGUUUCUGAGAUUUUGCAUUGUUUCAAGAAUCUGAUGUCAAGCCUCCAUUUGAAAGCUUUCAAGUGUAUUUUUAAAAGUUACUCAUCCCUUUGAAAUCUUUCACUUUUUUCAAGAAAUCUUUGUAAUCUGUGACAAUGUAUCAAACCUUACUGUUUUUGUCAUUGCCAUGCAUACCACUUAUUCAAAAUUGAUGUUCUUACAGCUUUACAUGUAUUGUAUCUUACACAGUAGUGGACACCCUGAACACAGAAAAAAAAUGUACAAUACAGUGUGUUUAAAUAACCAGAAUGCAUAACUACACAUGGAUUAUUUAUCACUAUCUGAUACUCUUGAAAAGGGAUUAAAUGUGCAAUAAAUGAUUAUUCAGAAUGUUCUUUGCACUUGUUCAUAAUGUGUAUAAUAAAUGUGCUCUGUGGUUAAAUUUGUGUCGCCUUGUGUCUAGCCAUUUCGGUCU